AUGUUGGCUAAAGACAUUAAGGGUUUAAUACAGUCAAAAUACGCAGAGGCACGUGAAAAUAAAGCAUUGUUCUUCAAUGAUGGGGAUACGUCCACAAAAUGUAAUUCCGAGAAUGGGAUGAUGUAUUGGAUCAGGUUUGUUCCUACUUUGCUUACAAAACCUGAAAAAGGUGACACGCCAGCAAAUUCUGAUCCAUUAGGUAAACAUGAACCAGAAUUAUUGGUUUUACAAGAUAUGGAUGUCGUUGAAAGGGAAUACAAAUUGGUCCUAAACAAAUUUCCAAUAAUGCCAAAUCAUUCACUACUGAUUACAAAUGCUUACAAACACCAAAAUGAUAUGCUAAUUCCAUCAGAUUUGAGUAAAUGCUACGCUUUACUUCAACAAGUUGAUACAGCUACAGAAAGACACUUUAUUAUUUUUAAUUGUGGUCCAGAGUCCGGUUCAUCCCAGAAUCAUAAACAUUUACAAUUGUUGCAAUUCUUAGAUGGGUUUGUGCCAUUUCAAGAUAGACUAUGUAAUGAUAUCGAACCAUUUUUACCUAGUAUGAAACUACCACCCUUGCAAGAUAAAUUUGUAUCCUUUGCACAUUUUGUAGUUCCUUUACCUGAAUUACCUACAGAAGAAUAUUUGAUGACUUGUUACAUUUCUCUAUUCGAGCAUAUUUUAGCAUUUGUAAAAGAUAAUAAUGAAAAAAAUGAACCCCCAGUUAGUUAUAAUUUCAUUCUUACAAAAGAGUGGAUGUGUCUUGUUCCAAGAUCUAGUAUUAGAGCUCAAACUUUGCCGGUUGGGUUUAAUUCCAUUGGUUAUCUAGGGUUGGUGAUUAUUAAAGAAGAAGACACUUUACUGAAAGUUAAAGAGAAUCCUGAUAUAAUAGAUACAUUAUUGUUGGAAUGUGGGUUUCCUAAUGCUAUGAAAUUGAAACACCAAACAUUUUGA